AUGGCUGAUGCUUAUGCAGAGCACGUAGCAGCAGCAGUAGCAGCAGAACCCGGAGCAGCAGAGCGAGCUGAGCAGCAGCAGCAGGAGCAGCAGCAGGAGCAGCAGCUGGAGCAGCAGCAGGAGCAGCAGCCAGAGCAGCAGCAGGAGCAGCAGCAGGAGCAGCAGGAGCUACAGCAAGUGCAGCAAGAGCCGCACGCUCUUGUGCUGUUUCUAUGGCAGCGAAGAGUAGGCACAGUGCUGCUGCUGCCGCUGCUGCUGCAGCAAUACGUGGCGCCGCUGCUGCAGCAGCAAGACAAAGAGCUGCUGUCACUACACAGCGCUGCCUUCCGCCCGCGAGCUUUCCUGCUGCAGAAGCCCGCGCCGUUGCAGCAGCAGCAGCGGCAGGACCGGGCGACGAAGCGCCAGCAGCAGCAGCAGCAACUGCAGCAGCAGCAGCAGCUGCUGCUGCAACAGCGGCAGGCGGAAGAAGUCCGUUGCUUCCCAGUUCUUCAAAGGGUCUAUCUGUCUCAGCUGCAG